AUGGAACAAGUUCAGCGGGCUCUACAUCAGAAACACGGGAAUCUUAUCCGGAUCGCCCAUAAUGAAGUGGCGUGUGCAGACCCCGAUGCGAUCAAGAAGAUCUACCCUGCUCAAGGAGCACUGGAAAAGUCAGACUUCUAUCCUGUCUGGCGCAACCCGGCCUUUUCAAAGUAUUCGGACAACUUCAGCGAGACUAGUGAGAAGCUGCAUGGCGAGAGACGAAGAAUUGUCAACCAUCUAUACACAACCACGAACGUUCUGCAGUCGGAGCAGUAUAUCGACAGAUGCUCUCAGUUAUUUGUGGACAGGGUUGCUCAAUACGCCGACAAUGGUCAAACAAUUGAUCUUGGAGUUUGGCUUCAAUGGUAUACUUUUGAUGUCAUUGGCGAACUAUUCUUUGGACAGAUGUUCGGUUUCAUGGAUAAAGAAGAAGACCACAAGUCGUACAUUGCCUGCAUGGAUGCCCUAAUGCCUGUGCUUCUACAAGUGUCCCUUGCUCCACAGUACUACCGGCCGUUCAUCUUCAUGUCUUCGGCUCUCAGCUCAACUGUCCGCAAAGCCCUGAAAUCCUUUGAUGUGAUCACAAAUGCAGCUAAGGAGUGUGUGGCUAGAAGGGUCGACAACGAAGCCAAAGUUGUGGAAGAAGCCAAGAGGAACGACAUAAUGCAGCAGCUGCUCGAUAUCGUCCAUGAGAAAGGCGAUAAAGUUGAUUUCAAGAUAGGCGAAGUGCAAUUCGAGGCAUUCGCAGCAUUGUUCGCAGGAUCUGAUACCACAGCCAUUGCCCUACGAGCAGUCUUCUACUUCUUACUAAAAUCCCCAGAAACCUAUCGCGAUCUACAGCAGGAAAUCAGCGACGCCACUCGAACCGGCGCAAUGAGCGUACCUCCCAAAUUCUCCGAAGCUCAAAAACUGCCUCUGCUCUGCGCAACCAUCAAGGAGGCAAUGCGGUUGCAUCCAAGUGUUCAGCUCACCAUGCAGCGCCUUGCUCCCAAGGAAGGAAUCGUUCUAUGCGACAAAUUCGUACCGGCAGGGUAUCGCGUAGGCAUAAACCCAGCCGUCGUGCAAUACGACACGUCAGUCUUCGGUGCAGACUCUAACAUCUUCCGACCCCGGAGGUGGCUUGAAGACGAGGCCACAACUCGAAAGAUGGACAAUACAAUGCUAGUUUUUGGUGCAGGGACGAGAACGUGUAUUGGCAAGAACAUUUCUCUCGUCCAAAUCCACAAACUGGUACCUUUCGUGCUACAACAGUUCGAUCUGAAACUCACACACCCCAAUGCAGUGUGGGAGACUGAUAAUAAGUGGUUCAACAAGCAGUCAGGCAUUGAUAUAAAGCUAUCUCGACAUUGA